AUGUCUGCCGUGGCCACCGGCUAUGAGGAAAGCUGCAGGACGCCUCUCGCUAUGAUACGUCAAUUUCACCGCAAAGACGCAGUCAUCUGCGGGACUCUGUCGGGUGGGGAUUGGUUUCGGAAGACCGAAGAUUUCCCAAGGCUGCGGUUGGUCGUUAAGUUAAUCACAGCCUGCGAGGAGAUAGAUAAGCUGGGGGGCCAAUUUGAGCAUUAUGAGCAUGGUUUGGAGAUGCUUCACAUAUCGCAGUUUUCUGUCGUCCGAGCAAAUCCCCCCCCCUCUUUAUAA